GUAAAGCAUUCUUAGAGAAGCCGAGAAUCUCCCAAGAACAAAAUUUUGGAUUCUCUUAGAAAGUGUUCGGCAAUGGAGAAUCCAUCAUCAUCACUCUUCUCUCCAAAAAACCCACACUUCUUCCAGCCUCUUCUUCCUGGUUUCAAGAGCCACAUCAAAAUCCCUGUGAAGUUCUUCUCCAAGCACAUCAAGGGAAAGCACGAGGGCAAGACUGUAAAAUUGAGAUCAGAUUCUUGGCAAGGAACAUGGAAAGGUAAGAUGGAAGGCCAUACGCUCACCAACGGUUGGAAAGAGUUCGUGGAGGCACAUGGUCUUCGAGUCGGUGAUUUCCUAGUCUUCAAACACGAAGGAGACAUGUUGUUCCACGUCACUGCGUUUGAACCUAGUUGCUGUGAGGUCCAAUACGCACAGUCUCUUAGCCACGACGAAAUUGCAGGAGAAUCUUCAAGAAAGGAGAAAGAAAUUGAGGAGAAUGUGAAAACAGAAUCUGAUCUGUUUUCAUCAGAUCUGACAUGUUUUAGCCAAUCUGUGACGGCUUCAAACCUAUCAAGAGAUUUCUUGGGUGUGCCCAGAGAUUUCGCAAGGCGAUACGGUUUAGACAAAGGAAGGCAUGAGGUAGUUUUGAUGAACGAAGAAGGGAAGUCUUGGGAAUCAGAAGUAAAGAGCUACAAGUCUGGUCAGGUUUUUAUCUUUGGAGGUUGGAAAAGUCUCUGCACCGAAAAUAAAUUUAAAGUUGGAGAUCCUUUCACAUUUAAACUGCUCCACAACGCGGAAAGGCUUGUGUUUCUGCUCUGCAGCCGCACAGAGGCUGGACCAAACCGGUUUGUGAAGUUAACUCCUACACCUAACAGCCUUAAGCUUGGUAAACAGCAUCUACCGGUAAGUUUCAUGAGAGAGAACAUGCUCGAUAAGCCAGGGAAGAUAAUCCUGGUGGACAAAGACAAAGUCGAGUGGUUGAUGAAGCGUAAGGGUUAUCGCAAAGGAAGUAGAAUGAUGUAUGUUAUCAGUGGUAAUGGUUGGAAAAGUUUCUGUGCAGCGAAUGAAGUAGGCGCAGGUGAGUCUCUAACUUUGGAGUUGAUCCGAGGAGGGACAAGUCCUUUGCUUAAGUUCGUCUCAAAGAUGGAGCAAUCACCAUCUGAAGCAGAGGCUCGGCCACACAAGAGAGCUCGAGUCCAAAGAUGGAGUCAGGAGAAUAGAAGAUUGAAGCAUGACGUGAGGCAGAAGAUAACUGAAGAGGGAGAACCUUCUCGUCGCACUCGGUCGUCUAGCAAGUCUACUGGUGAUCAAGAAAAUCCGCAGCACACGCAAUCUUGCUCUAUCUUAGAUCAUCUGCCUAAGGUGAGACAGAGCAUUGAAGAAACUUUAACUAGUAUCAGACGGUUUCGGGCUAAACUCGAGACAAAGGAACAGAAUCUGGAAGCUUUGUUACACGAAAUCGGAAACUACUAAGUUGAAAUACGGUUGUAUGGAGCUUUAGUUUUUUGGACUUUGGAACAGAGGCUACAAAAGAUAGCCAUUCCAACAUUGAAUUUUAUUUAUAAUGAAAUUCUGCAUCAGCUAAUGCGAAAGAAAGAAAAAGGAGGUAUGCUGCCAAAUCAGUAAACGAGGUGUUAAGCA